CACACCACAGCCACCACAAAAAAUUCAUCUGCCAGAAAAAGUGAAAAAAAGAGCAAAUUAAGAGGGUUUUCAAGCAGCAAAGUUGGGUAAACACAUUUAAAACUAUUUAAGCAUCAAAAACUGAGGACAACAAAAUGACGUGGGAACCGCAGGCAGAAGGUCUACAACAGAUCAUUGCGAUCUUAAAAGAAUCUCAGUCACCAGACACAGCGACCCAAAUGGCCGUGCAAAUGAAACUGGAGGAGUUUAAUCAAUAUCCAGAUUUUAACAAAUAUCUAAUCUAUGUGCUAACCAAACUGAAAACCGAAGAUGAGCCCACACGUUCUCUUAGCGGUUUGAUACUAAAGAACAAUAUACGGAUGCACGGGAGCAACCUACAACCGGAAAUUGUUGAAUAUAUUAAACACGAAUGUCUGCAAGCUGUCGGCGAUAAUUCACCGCUGAUACGCGCCACAGUCGGCAUUCUAAUCACAACAAUAGCCAGCAAUGGCGGUCUUCAAAACUGGCCGCAAUUGUUGCCAUCCCUAUGCGAAAUGCUUGAUAACCCCAACUAUAAUGUAUGCGAGGGCGCGUUUAGUGCACUGCAAAAAAUCUGCGAGGAUUCGGCGGAAAUAUUGGACUCGGCGGCGCUCAAUGGGCCGCUUAACGUGAUGAUACCGAAAUUCUUGCAAUACUUUAAGCACAGCAGCCCAAAGAUACGCUCUCAUGCGAUUGCUUGCAUAAAUCAGUUUAUUAUUAAUCGCUCUCAAGUGCUCAUGAUGCACAUUGACUCGUUCAUUGAGAAUCUUUUUAAUCUGUCAUCUGACGAAGAUCACGAGGUGCGUAAAAAUGUCUGUCACGGCCUGGUUAUGCUGCUUGAGGUGCGCAUGGACAGAUUGAUGCCGCAUAUGUCACAGAUCAUUGAGUACAUGCUGCUACGUACACAGGACUCUGACGAGGGCGUGGCUCUUGAGGCUUCAGAGUUUUGGUUGUCGCUGGCGGAGCAAAGCAUUUGCAAAGAUGUUUUGGCGCCCUACUUGUCACAGUUGGCGCCAGUGUUGGUGCGCGGUAUGCGAUAUUCUGAAAUAGAUAUUAUAUUGCUCAAGGGUAAUGUGGAGGAAGAUGAUAUGGUGCCAGAUCGUGAAGAGGAUAUACAUCCACGUUUGUACAAAUCACGGCCGCUUCCAUUCAAAAGUGGCGAUGGCAGAAAUGUAACCGACGGCGAAGAUGAAGAGGACGAGUUCGAUGAGAGUUCAUUAUCCGAAUGGAAUUUGCGAAAGUGCAGUGCGGCUGCCCUCGAUGUGUUGGCGAAUGUUUUCCGCGAGGACUGUCUGCCCAUUGUGCUGCCCAUACUCAAGGAUACGCUCUUCCAGCAGGACUGGGUCAUCAAGGAGAGUGGUGUGCUCGCUCUGGGCGCCAUUGCCGAGGGCUGUAUGCAGGGCAUGAUACAGCAUUUGCCAGAAUUAAUACCGUAUUUGAUCAGCUGUUUGUCUGACAAGAAGGCGCUCGUGCGCUCCAUCACAUGCUGGACGCUGUCGCGCUACGCUAACUGGGUGGUCAAUCAGCCACAUGAUCAGUACCUGAAGCCACUCAUGGAGGAGUUGCUAAAGCGCAUCUUGGACUCCAAUAAGCGCGUUCAGGAGGCCGCAUGCUCAGCUUUUGCCACACUUGAGGAGGAAGCCUGCACUGAGCUAGUGCCGUACUUGGAGUAUAUACUUAAGACACUUGUAUUCGCUUUCUCAAAGUAUCAGCAUAAGAAUCUCUUGAUUCUGUACGAUGCUGUUGGCACUCUGGCUGAUUCUGUAGGACAUCAUCUAAAUAAGCCGCAAUAUAUAGAUAUUUUAAUGCCUCCACUGAUUGACAAAUGGAAUCUGCUGAAGGACGAUGACAAGGAUCUGUUUCCACUGCUCGAGUGCCUGUCCAGCAUUGCAACGGCGCUGCAGUCGGGCUUUUUGCCAUAUUGUGAUCCCGUCUACAAGCGAUGCAUAUCACUAAUUGAGCAAACAAUUAAUCAGGAAAUGCUGUGCAAGCAGAAUCACUCGUUUGAGCAUCUGGAUAAGGAGCGUAUGAUUGUUGCCUUGGAUCUGUUGUCUGGUCUGGCUGAAGGCUUGGAUCGUCACAUUGAAACCUUGGUGGCCGACAGCAACAUUAUGCAUCUGCUUUACCAAUGUAUGCAGGAUGUCUUGCCUGAGGUGCGGCAAUCGUCCUUUGCGCUGCUGGGCGAUCUGACCAAGGCUUGUUUUCCUCAUGUGCAUCCGUUUAUGGGCGAAUUCUUUCCCAUAUUGGCUAAAAAUUUAAAUCCUGAUUUUAUAUCGGUUUGCAAUAAUGCAACCUGGGCUAUUGGCGAGAUUUGCAUGAAGCUGGGUGAGGAAACGAAGCAGUACGUACAUCUGGUACAUCAUUCCCUAUUUGUUAUUAUCAACAGUCCAAAUACGCCCAAAACAUUGCUGGAGAAUACAGCAAUAACAAUCGGUCGUCUAGGUUAUGUGUGCCCAGUUGAAAUGGCUCCUUAUUUGCCCGAUUUUGUACGACAGUGGUGCACCUCGCUGCGUCACAUACGCGACAAUGAUGAAAAGGACUCGGCCUUUCGUGGCAUGUGCCACAUGAUAACCGUAAAUCCCGCAGGCAUUGUGCCCGAUUUUAUAUUCUUCUGCGAUGCGAUAGCCUCAUGGGUGAAUCCACCACAGGAUCUGCAUCAAAUGAUACAAAAGAUACUGCUCGGCUUCAAGACACAAGUGGGCGAGGAAAACUGGCGUCGAUUUGUCGAGCAAUUUCCUCCAACCCUUUCGGAACGUCUGGUCACCAUGUACAACAUCUAAGCUUCUAACUAGACAAAUUAUGUUCCCGUAUGCGAAUUAGCCUGUCGUCGUCUCUAAUCUAAGUGUAAGCACAGUAGCAGACAAAUGUUUUAAUUAUGUGAUUCGAUGCACUUCGAAUAAUACAACAAACUAUUGGAAUUUAAACUUAUAAAGUCAAAAUCUAAAAAUAACAAAACACAAACACAUAUAUAUAUACUAUAUACUAUAUAUAUACUACAUCUAUAUAACAUUUAUAUACACACACACAUAUAUACAUUUACUCCAAAACGUACGCAGGAGCUCAUCUAUUAGAUUUGAAUAUACUAUUUCUGUGCUAGGCAGAAUGUAGACAGUUGUAGCGCGUAAAAUCAAAUCAAAUACUUAUAGACAGGCGUGUACCGACCGUACUUAACUGGAUCCAGUGCUAUAGUUACCAUAUAUAUCAUUAAACAGUCGUAACCAUUUGCAACGCUUUAUUUUUACAGACCAAACCAAAAUUAACUAUGCUGACAUACUGUGUUUACUUUAUUGAACAUUAAAUUUAUAGUUUAUGAUAUUACGAUUCGUAUCGCGUAAAUUUUGAAAAUAAUACAAUUAAUUUAAUGAAAAAGAAGUGAAAGAAUAACCAUCGUAAUCAAUAAUAAAAGAAAAGCGUUGGGCUGAUUGUGAAAUGAAAAAUCCAAAGAAUCCAUAAAUUCAGCAGACAUAAAUAUAUUUAUAUAUCAACCAAGACUGAUGUUAUAGAAAAAGUAAACUCCGUUCAAAUUACCAUAGACCAUUAUUAACAACUAUUCUGUCGAUUCUUGAAUUUCACAAACUCGUACCCAACACUUAAUUCUUAAAUAAUAUGAAAAAUCGUCGCGUUUCGGAUUUUAACGGUUUCGCGUUCGCGUAUUAUCGUCGCUCGUUCGUUCGUUCGUUUAUAUCGCGCUGUCUAACUUCGUCGGGUAAUAAUAAAACUAAAGGAAAAGAAAACAAAUACAAAAACAGAUAAAUAAUAAUAGUGCAACUGUUACUGAUACAAAUUUAUGUAUUUAUACGACUUGAUAUUCAUAUGCUAUGCAAAUUAGAAAAUUUU